AUGACCGAAGCCGCUGCGCCUGCGGCGACAAAUUUUCAAGCUGCGCACGCAGCUCUCAUGCGCCAUGCGACAGAGCCGCUCAGCUGGAACGUUUACCAGAGCUGCAUGUCUGAUAUUGCAAAAGCCACCCACCGAAGAUUGAAAUGCAGUCUCUGCUACGACACCUACGUGACAUCCAUGCAGGGCAAGUUUGGGAGUGGCUGGCGAGCACGGUUGUCUCUCCAGAAGGCAGCUGUGAAUCUGGAAAACCUUUGUACAGCUAUGCAGCCAGUGGACGUAAAGCUAGCAGCCUCACGCGCAGAGGCGGCCCGAGACGCCGUCCUGCGUGCACAGCUGGCACUCUGUCGCGCUGUCAGGCGCGCGCCACAAGAUCGCCUCUUAGCCUGCGAGCUGCUGGAUGCCCUGGAAACAUCCGUGGACUGUCCAAAAGUGCAGAGUUGCUUCUUCGAGGACCCCAUGGCAUCGGUGCGAAUGGAGACCGAGAAGGACAAGAAGCCCAAGGACACCUUGCCACCGGGAGCUGAGCCAUCGGAGAUGCACCUGGCAUGGAUGCGGCGGAUUGAUGACAUGGAUGCAACAUACGAGGAUGGGGACGGAGACCUGGAUGACACCGUGCAUCGGUGGCUCAUCAUUCAGGGCCAUGAGUUCUCCUCGAUCGCCAAGGACCUGCCAGGUUUCAGACAAAGCUUCUGCAAAAGUGUUUGUUCCUCGCUUGGCCUGCCUGGGCAUGGGAAUUGCGUGGAGAUCGUGAACGUGACAAAUGGCAGCAUCAUAAUUGAGUUCCUUCUGCGUCCGCGCAGACACACAGACUCACGAAGUGGGUUGGAGCUGUCUCAGAUUUUGGACAAGCAGCUGUCCUGCCCCUACAGCGCCCUGCGGAGGGGCCCGCUGGGAAAGUUCCUGGGCAGCGCGUUCCUGUUGUCCGCGUCCCCGCAGACGGUGUGCGACACGGAGCUGGCGGGGCCGGAGGAGGCGCCAGGGGAAGCCAAGCUCCCGGCCACAGUGCAAGACGCGGUGGCACAAACCGACACCUUUGAGCUGGGAACGCCUCGGGCCGCGGUGCUGCGGGGUGCCGCCGCCAGCGGCGCCUGCAGUCGGCAGGAGGAGGAGGAGGCCAUUGACAAGCUGCGAGAAGCUGUACGGCAGCUGCAAGACGCCCGGCACCGGCAGACCAAGGCAAAAGCGGGGGAGCAGCGCGCGCUGGAAGAGAUCCAAAAGCGCGAUGCCCUCAUUGCGCAGCUACGGGAAGAGCUGGUGUAG